GUGAUGAAUCAGGGCUUUAGACCCAGAGGGUGUCUCCUUCCAAACUGUGCAAUUAAAGACCCAAUAAAAGGUUUUGGCACCUGCCAUCAGCUCACAAUGCCUUGCCUGCUUCACACUUGCUCUCACUCGUGAACAAGUCUCCUGAGUUUGUCAAGAUGCCUCGACUCCUGAGAAAUGUCCUCUGUGUAAUUGAGACAUUCCACAAGUAUGCCAGGGAGGAUGGUGAUGAAGUGACCCUGACCUGCAGAGAGCUGAAACGGCUCAUCCAGAACGAGUUUGGGAACAUUCUUCAGCCACAUGUCAUUCACGAUGUGGAGAGAAACUUGAACCUUCUGGCUCUUAACAAUGAUGGCACCAUCAGUUUUAACGAAUUUGUUCUUACAAUCUUCAACUUGUUGAACCUCCAUUAUCUUGACAUACAAUCAUUACUGCAUCCAGAACCAAGACAAGUGUCUAGCCCAGAAGAGAAGCCAGAUGACAUGGAGGCCCAUGGAACAGUAGUGCAGGGAGAAAGUGAGAGAAAGACACAGCUACCAGCCCUGAAAGGUGAAGCACAGGAUGGAAAGUAUCAGGAACUCCAGGAAUCAUCAAAAGAAAGGGAUGCUGAAGAAGGUUCUAAGACAGAAGAGUUACACUCAGAAGAUCAGAAUCAUCCUGAAAUUGAAGGAGCGGUCACCUCAGGAAAAGAGGCAAGACAUGCAGAUGAAGGGACAGCAGAAACACUUGUGAGCAACAAAAAUGCCCCUGCAGCAGAAAGGGCACCAGGAGCAAGAGAAAGAAUAUGGCAGUUGUCAUCGCUUGAGAACCAGUCUGGAGGGGAAAAUAAGAGGGUCACCAAGACUCAUGACAAGCCAGUCAAGGAGGAUGAUGGUAACCAGGGGGAGGAUCCUGAGCCAACAGUCACAGAGAAUGAUAAAAGGUCUUCUGAAACCCCUAACAGCCUGACUCCAGAAGAUGGUGACAGCAGCUCAGGGACAAGUGAUCUUCUUCUGCAAGAGGAUUCCCAGAGUCAAGUAGACUCACUCAGAGAGUCUGCACAAGGAAGUUGCCAUAAUAACCCAAACACUCAGAAACAGGUAGCAUUGGGUAAGAAAAACAGAACUCAGGAGGCAGCUGGAGGAGAGGAUGAGCAGCUCAGCAAGGAACAGGAACAGCCUGAAGGAGAAGAGCACAGGAUUCAGGGCUCAGCAACGAAAGGCCCAGGCCCAGCUGUGGAGCACAGUGGACACCCAGAGGCACAGACACACCUUGAAACAGAGAAACUUGUCACAUGGGAGGAAGAAGAUAAAAGCCCUCAAAAGCUGGCGGGAGAAGUUGAUGACCAACAAAAUCCAGCCAAGAAGGAACAUGAUUCUUCUUCAAUCUUCCAGUCAGGCCUUGAAGAGAGGAAUCAGAGGAGCAAAGAGCCCUGUUCUGCAGAGAGAGGUACAGUGUAGUCCAAUCCACUUUACAAGUACCUGCAAGAGAAGAUACUGCAGCAAACACACACAACCAAAAAUGAGCAUCAAAAUCAAGCUCAGACAUCCAGGGUAUCAUCAGGUCCAGCGCUCUGCAAUGACCAGUUCAGCAAUGAGAUCUCAGAUUGUCUUGUCUUUUUCAAUGACAGCUAAGCUUUACAACAGUACACCAAGGAACUUCUGCCUGGUAAGGAUUCUGCUGAUGCACAGCAAACAUCAGCUUCCGAGGCUUUGGAAGAUAAGCAAGGCCACCCUCAAACACAGGCCAGACCACAAAGGAAGGGGAGCACCACAAAGCAAUGAAUCCUUAUCGCUAUCCCUGGAGAACUUCAGUACAGCUCAACAUGUCCCAAACUUAUUUCCUCUUGACCACCCUCAACAUGUACACAUGUAUGUACUCACAUGUACACAUUCAGAUACAGAAUGAUAAUCCCUUCAAUUCCCUUCCUAAAUUUUUACAAGAGCAAAUAAUAAAGUAUUCAGCAGUGGGAACUACCUCCGAAGAAAUGUCACACCAAACAAACAUCUUACCAUGUGAUGCUACUACCAAGUGCUAAAAUGGACUUUCUCAAGGGACAAUUUAUCACAACUUAACUGUCACUAAAAAUGGAAAAAUCCCUUUCAUGUCUUUAAUAGUUGCCAAUUUCUUCAACUGAUUCAUUAACUUUUUAUGAUGUGGCAGUAGGAACUAUGAGACUCUACAAUACUACCUUAUAAUCAUAAAAUAUCAUUAAUUCAUAGUCAUAGAUGAUUAUGUUUCAUAAUAUUUUCUAUACAGAUUUCAUGUUUAUCCCAAAAUUUUAUCUCUCAGAAUAAUCUCAGAUAGCAUUAUAACUAAAAUAAUUAUGACAUCUAGCAUCCAAUUGAACUAGAUUCAUUACUCUUUAUUCAUGUCCAGUUGCAACUCAAUAUAUGCCAUAUAUUCAUUCUUUCAUUUAUUCAUUUAACAAACCUUUGUUAAAUCCUACUCCUUACCCAGCCCUUUCAUAGUUUCUGGAUCAAAUAAGCAGUCAGAAUACAAAUCUAAAAUAUGCAUGAUUUCUUAAGAAGUUCUUAUAACCAACCAUCAACUAAGUCUACAAAUAUGGUUUG